UUGCUCGUUUAAUAGUAUAGGAUUUAAAAGAAUAGUACUUUUCAUCUAGAUAAUGUAUAGGGGAUUUGUCAAAUCGUUACUAAAAUUCAGUUUUCUCAAUGAAAUCAAUCAUAAUUAAACUAAUGGAUCGACCUGAUACUAUGUCUGAAUGCGCCUUCAAUCAUUAAAAUAGUAUGGAAUCAAAAGUGUUCAUAUUCAAAAAAGUUUCCUUGUUAUGUUGAUACAACACAAUAAAAUCCAAAUUACAAGCUUCAAACAUGAAAAUCUAAUAAAAUUCACUGCUCUAGCAUCAUAAACGUCGCGUUUUAGAAGAACGUAACACACACACACGAUCAAUUAUUUCGAAACACCCGCGGGGCAAAGGGGGAACUCGAACCACCAAUCAGAACACAGAUCACAGCCACCAACCGACCAAUCAGAGACGAGAUAACUGUUCAAACAUGGGCGCAGACUUGUCCCCUAAUUUCGCCCCACUUUCAACACACACUCGCGCCAGCUGCGGUUUCCUCGUACUGACUAAAUUCAUCCAGUACCAGCGACGAACUCAACACAGAUAAGUUCAGCUUUAUCAGUGCUACUUUUCACGGGUUUUAUCUCCAAAACUCAGCCAAGUUUCGUUCGUUUUAUCACCAAAGAUAAAAGAUAAAUACUUCUGACUUUUCUCCCCUCUGAGCUGAAUUGUUUGGAUACAUUAUCUGCACGGUUAUCUUUGUAUCAAUAUACACGAACUCUAUUCUCUUAUCUCAAACUGUAUACUAGGAAACAUAAGGGUAAAAGGACCUAGUCUGAUAGUAAAUAUUGGAGAAUUUCUGAAACACUACUUUCAUCCUUAUCUAUAACCGUAUUUCCCCUAGUAGUGAUAAUAAUUUGUAAACUUUUGCAGAAAUGGUUUUGGGGUGGCUGUAGAUAUCAUCUUUGAAUUGAAAUAGGAUGAGAAAUAGUAAGAAUCUGUGUACUAGAAAUUAGUAUACUAGAGUGAUAAAGUGUUGGGAUUUUAUCUUCAAAACGUGUGAGGAAGCUUGAAAAUAAUUCACUCAAUUAUUGCAGAAUCUGUAGAAUUUUAUUUUCAGAAUUGUUUGAUCACCUACUAGGAAACGUGUAAAAUAUCAUUUGAGGGCUUCAAGAUACAAUUCCUGAAACAAAUAUAGAGCUAGAUUAGUCAAAUUUGUGAUAUAAUCAACUGCUAAAAGUCGGUAUUUGAUUACUUCAAGCCAGUAAUCCGUGAUUCAGAUCGUUAAUUUGAGUUAGAAUUUGAAGUGAGGCUUAUGGAUUGUUAGUGGAAAAUAUUGAUAUGCAAUAGGAUCUUGUUGGUGAUUGUUAUACAUGGGUUGGAAUAUUCAAGUGGGGUGAAAUUCGGGUGUGUUCAAAAAGGGUUGAGAUUUAAAUAAGGGAGGUGAUAGCGGGUGGUUCCGCAAUAAAUAUCUACAAGUACAGGACGAGAUUGUUAAAUAUUUCUGGAAAGGAACUCAAUAUUCCAAAUGGAGGAAAUCCAACAGCAGGAGGAGCGACCUUCGACUUCUCCAGGUGUCAUCAAGACCUCAAACUCCUCCUCAAGUCAUGACCUUCAAACGGAAACCCCUUCAAACCAAGAUGUCUGCCAGAAACCCGCGGAAAACCCCGUUUCCGGUCCGCAAGUACUCAGAACCAUCACCACUUCCGGUCUGAUACAAACCACUACCAUGACACCUGGAGGAGGUGUGACGUCAUUGGAAAAUGAGGGGAUGUCACCCUUGUCUCAGGAUGAUAGAUCACAAACCAACAGCCUUCCACCUCUGAACAUGAGAAGUCCAUCCAAUGAUCUCCAGUCAACUGAUCACGGAUUUGUUGGUGAUCAACAGAUAUGUAACCGCCGUCUAUCAGACGAUCAUGAGAUCUCCGAGGUGCAAUCAAACCAACAACAUCAAAUGGAACAACACCAACAUGAUAUGGAACAACACCAACAUGAGAUGGAACACCAACAACAUGGGAUGGAGCAACACCAACAUGAGUAUCGUAGUGUUGAGCAUCAGAACAUUACAAUAACUUGCGAGUUGACCGGAGCUUCUGUCGAGCUCCAACCAAGAACUAACGAUCUGACUUCAACUUCUGCACAGGGAAUUUGUUUGAAGGAAGAAAACGAGACUACAGACAACUGCAGCAGCAACAGCCCAAACGCGGCCACAAUCGCAUACCCGAUCGACGGCGAAAACACGUUUCAGCAAAUCAAGAUGCACCCUCAGGAGCGUCGCUACGUCGAGUCACCGCAUCACGUCCAACAGCAGAUCAAGAAAAUCGAGGAGGAUGAGCGCUUUAGUACCGAAGAAUACCACCAGGUGUCUCCACUGUUCCAGCAGAGUUUGGCUAACAUGCAGGGUUUGCAGAAUAGAUACACAGUCGCCUCCACCCCUCCUCCUGGUCGCGCCCAACCUACGGGAGCCGCUCCCAGGUUCCAGCAUCAUCAACAUCAUCAUCAUCACCAUCACAAUCAUCAAUCUGCAACAGUUGAAGGAGAGAGGUUCACCGAAUCACCGCUAGAUGGCACUCCGUUGCCUGUCAGACACUAUGUGCUUUCGUCACCUUUUGAUCUGCAGUAUAACAACGGGAUACAGGUGAAAUACGAGAGAGUGGAUGAGCCUGUCAAUCAUCAAGAUGACAACGAACAGAAACUGCUGAAUCAUCAUCAACAUCAUCACCAUCAGCAUCACAAUCAUCAACAUAAUCAGCAGCAACCUGACAAUGCGACCUACGUCACACUUGAGUCUGUACCAAGCAGUAAUAUAAUCAACCAACAUGGCGGAAUCAACGCUAACACUUUUGCUCAUAUGGUGAGUUACACUGAUGAAACCGGUUCACCACCCUCAGAAUACGCCCAACCGUCUCAAACUCACCACCAUCAUCACCAUACCUACCAGCUGAAUUUCCAGCGUCAGCCAGCUGAUCAGCAGUCAACAGCUGAUUCGUCAGUGGCAGCUGAGCUGUCUUACUGCGUGCAAUCAGCUGAUAGUCCGCUGGGCUCGCCGGUCGUCUUCAUGAAAUCAGCUGAUCCGCACGCCAAGGCUGCCGCAGUCAGUUAUUCGGCAGCGGUUCAAGGUCAACCUCAAGGUCACCAGGGUUUUGAAGGUCAAACUGGAGCGUUGACUCAGGGUUCACAACAGAUAAGGAUGUUCGGUGCGACCAAAGGCCUGUGUCCUGCAGGAAGUGAGUCAGGCAAUGCUGGUGGUGGUGGUGGUGCUGCAGCCUACUGGAACGCCCAAGACUUGUACAACUCGACUCAGGGCAUGCCGACUGUGAUAGCCACCGACCCCUCAGCCGGGGGACCUCAAACGUUUACUGUGUAUGGACCCAAUGGAACUCCACACACCUGGGAGGAAGCCUAUGAUCCAAGUUCACUAUUCGGUUCAUCAGACAUGAAAGAGUGUGUGAACUGUGCUGCCAGUGUGACACCCCUCUGGAGAAGGGAUGGUACCGGUCACUAUCUGUGCAACGCUUGUGGACUUUACAACAGAAUCAACGGAGUCAACAGACCACCUGUUAGGACUCAUCAGAAAAAAGUUGCUGCGAGCGGGAACCGUAGAACUGGAGUCUCCUGUGCCAAUUGCUCAACCAACACCACCACCUUAUGGAGAAGAAACAACAAUGGGGAGCCCGUUUGCAAUGCCUGUGGACUCUAUUUCAAACUACACAAUGUUAACCGUCCACUAGCAAUGAAGAAAGAGGUGAUACAAUCAAGAAAGAGAAAACCAAAGAGCAGCAACUCUGUGACGUCAGGGGGAGCAACAGGUGCUAAACAGGAGAAGGCCUCACUUCUAGCCGACACCAAGAUCAGUUUGAGCUCAAUGUUCGACUCGAAAAUUCAAGAAAGCCUGGCUCAGGAAGGAUUUCUACAGCAGUCGUCUCUUCUGCUACCGACUGCGUCCAUCUUGAAUCGCCAUAUUGCCAAUGUCUCGCCUCUUGACCCAAUGGCAACCAGAGAGCUCAAUCUUCCCAGUGUCAUCACUUCCAGUCAUGAACGGAAUCAAUAAAUCAUAAAAUUAUCAAUAAGUUAAUAAAUUCAUUGUAAAGAUAAUGUUAAUUAAUGGAAAAUUUACUAGAUUUAUUGUUGAAUUAGAAUAAAAUGCUGCUAUGUAUUAUCUAUACAUACUAUAUUCAAAUAAUAUUUAUGUAGGCUGUACAACGUUAUUACUUUUCCUAUUAUAUAAUUAAUAUUUUUUAACAUGUAGACCAAAGAUUCUGUGAAUUUAAAAUAUUUGUAAAUAUAUCAGUUAGGAAUAAGAUUACGUGAAAAAUUAAACUUUGCAGAGUGACUAUUCAUAAUCAAGAACAAUAAUUAGCAUGAAUUAUAAUUUUAAAAUAAUCUGUAUAAAUAAUAUACAUGAAAUAAAUCUAAUAAAAUGAUAAAUAUAUUAUUCAAUCCAAAGUAUGUAUUAACUUUAUUAGGUACCUUCGUUAAAUAAUUGAAUUAAUAGAUCGUUUUUUCAUAAUAUUUUUAUUGUAAUUAAAUAAUUUUUAAUCGUAUUCAUAAACUGUGUUACUAUUGAUAUUUCUUGUUUGGUUUUAUACAAAAUUGACUUCUAAUAUGUAUCAUUAUCAAUGAACUUGUAGAUAUUUUUAACGAUAGCGGAGAUAAUAUAAUUGAAAAGAACUAAAUAAAAAAAUGUAUUAAUUACAGUAACAAAAAGUAAUUUAACGUAAAUUCACUAAGCUAAUUUUCGACAUUUAAAUCUUUGAACUAAUAAUUGCAUUGCGAUAAUUCUAGAGUCUUUUAUGAAAUGAUUGUACAAACGUCAAUAAACUAAUAUUUUAAUGUAGUUAAAGUAUUUGCUAGAAUAUUAUAUAGUCUAUAGUAAUUUUCGACAUUCAAAUAUUUUAACUAAUAAUUGCAUUGCGAUAAUUCUAGAGAGUCUUUUAUCAAAUGAUUGUACAGAUGUCAAUGAACUAACAUUUUAAUGUAGUUAAAGUAUUUGCUAGAAUAUUAUGUAGUCUACAUAAAUUAGUAUGUUAUAGUAUCAUAUCAAUGUAAGCCUUAUACGGGGGAUGUUGUUACCAUGACUGGUAUUGUAUAGAAUAGAUUUCCUAUCAACUUAAUUUGGGGAUUUCAAGAUUUCGAAAAAUAUUAAUAUAAUUAGUAUGUUAUACUAGAACAAUAUGUAUAUUAUACUCAGGUGAUUCACUGGCCUUGAUGACUGGAAUAGAAGAAUAUUAAUGGUAGAAAUUGUAUUUAUCAUCUACAAAUAUCCUGUACAUAUUUAUGAUUAGAUUGUGUUACAUUCAUAUUUUCUAAGUGUAUUACAAAUCAUGGAAUGAUCUUCCCAAUAAUUAUUAUCAUAUCUAUUGAAUGGUUCUGUGUAUAUCUUUAAUUGGAGUUAGAAACAAAUGUGGGCGAAUGCCUGUUAUUUUACUUGAAUUUAAUGUAUUGUCUAUCAAUAAAUAAAAUAUCUAUCUAGUAAUCUAGUGACUGAAGUGUCACUCUAGUGAGUGAAGUCUAGUCUAUGAGUUAGAAAAAUCUAGAAAAACUCCAGUUUAGCUGUGUUUACACCAAAGUUAUUAACAGAAUGUUAAUAACUUAAUCCUCAUAGAUUCUAUUAGAUUGAACAUAACUUAUCAUACACAUGAUGAACAUGAGUUUGUCAAGUUCCGUUCAAUCUAAUAGAAUCUAAAAGGAUUAAGUUAUUAACAUUUUGUUAAUAACUUUGGUGUUAACGCAGCUUUACACUUUGUGAAUACUGUUGCACUCUUUAGGUUAUUUUAAACUAUACUACAUUUGUUGAAAUUUUAUUAUUUAGAAUUAUUGAGGAGUAAGGAGAUAUUGUUGCAUGAUUCUCUAUUCUAAUGUUUAUUAACUCUCACAUGAGUUGAAGUGUAUACGGUGUAGACUUGUUUUUAAGUUCGAAAAUUACCUAAAGAAACCAAAAAAGUUUAUUCUGUAUUUAUUCUAUUGAUAAGUUUAUCUUGCAAUCACUGUUGUCCAUUCAGAAAUGAGUGUUACAGGAAUAAAAUUUGUACAUACCGUUCGUGCAUUUCAAA